CCCUUUGGCAAGAGAGAGGAGGACAAACGGAGGCGGACAAGGAACCCCAAGCCCAAGUCUCUUCCCGGCCUCCGAUUCCCGGCCUCGUUCAUCCCCCACCCCGCAAGAGGGCGAAUCCAUCCCCUCUCGUCCUUAAACCCUAGCCUUAAUCCAUCCCCUCCCCAUCUCGAGUGUCUUUAUCCUUCCAUCUUCGAGCUCCGGAUCUCCUCCAUUGCCGCCGGAUUUGCCGCUGCGAUUGAUCCGAUGGUGCGGCAGGAACAGCACUGAGAUGGGACUUGAAUCUUCUGGCGGGAUUCGGCGCCUGGAUCAGACGGGGGGCAUCGGUGCGGUGGCGAUUGGCGGUCGGUUGCUUUGAUAGGACCUCGUGGCGCGGUGAUCGGAUGGUGGUUGGUGGCUGAUCGGGCGGCGACAGGGCGAUGGAGGAGGGUGAGAGUAGCAAGGAGGAUGGAUCUCGUACGGGAGAGUCGGACGGGGCCGCGUCGGCCGAUUCCGGCAACUCGUCAUCGUGGAUGCCGAGUGGAGAGGCUUUCCGUCCUUAUGUGUCAUCGCCGCAGUCUUCUACCGGGGUAUCGGUGAAACCUGGCACAGUACGGAUCAUCGUGAGGAGGCCUCUGGUGGCAAGGGUAACCAAAGACAUACUUGAAACUUUCCAAAUAUGUAACCCAAAUUUUAAGUAUUCGGAGGCGCUGAACCCAAAGCGAUUCCUUACCAAUCCAUCAGUUGGAGUAAAGAAUGAUGGCCAUGAUAAUGCAGAUUCAAACCUCAUCUUAUAUGUGAAUUUUGUGUUGGUCAAUAUGGUGUCAAAACAAAGGUAUAUUGUCAAAGAUCUCCUUGGCCAAGGCACUUUUGGACAAGUAGCAAAGUGCUGGGUUUCUGAAAACAACAGUUAUGUUGCUGUUAAAAUUAUCAAAAAUGACCCUGCAUAUUAUCGGCAAGCAUCGGUUGAGAUCUCUCUUCUGCACGUGCUGAAUCGGAAAUUCGACCCUGAUGAUGAACAUCAUAUUGUCCGCAUCCUUGAUUAUUUUGUCUGUCAGCGCCAUUUAUGCAUCACAUUUGAAAUUCUUGGCCCAAACCUGUUUGAGUUAAUUAAAAUGAAUAACUACAAAGGGUUGUCAUUGAACAUUGUCCAAAUGUUCUCAAGACAGAUCUUGAAUGCAUUAAUGGUCAUGAAAGAUGCUGGAAUUAUACAUUGUGAUUUGAAACCAGAAAAUAUACUCAUAUCUACUAGUGUGAAGCCACCAGAAAUAAAAAUUAUUGAUUUUGGAUCAGCAUGUAUGGAGGGUCAGACAAUUUACUCAUACAUUCAGAGCCGUUACUACCGAUCUCCAGAAGUUCUUCUUGGCUACCCAUAUACCACUGCUAUUGAUAUGUGGUCUUUUGGGUGUAUUGUUGCGGAGUUGUUCUUAGGGUUGCCUUUAUUUCCUGCAGACUCGGAAUUUGAUCUUCUUAAAAGAAUGAUCGAGACACUUGGUGGACAACCUCCUGAUGAUCAACUUAGGGACGCAAAAAACACAAGCAAGUUCUUUAAGCAUGUUGGGAGUAUUUAUAGGUUGGAGGAUGAUAAAGCUUGCAAAGGAGUUACCAGUGCUUACCGUGUUUUAACUGUAGAGGAAUUUGAAGCAAGGGAAUUAAAAAGACCAGAAAUGGGGAAACACUAUUUUAAUUGUGCAAAGCUUGAAGAGAUCAUUGCGAAUUAUCCAUACAGAAAGAACUCACAUGAAGAAAUCAAGAAAGAAAAUUUGACCCGCUUAGCAUUGGUUGAUUUCUUGAGAGGCCUUGUUGAGUUUGAUCCAGGGAAACGGUGGUCACCUUUGCAGGCUUCACAUCAUCCAUUUCUCACUGGUGAACCCUUUACAUGUCCUUAUGAGCCUCAACCAGAGACCCCACGAAUUCCUGUCAUUCAUACUGUUUCCGUGGAUCACAACCCAGGAGGCGGUCAUUGGCUAGCUGCUGGUCUCUCUCCUCAGGUUGCAAAUUCAAACAUAUGUCUUCCGCAGAAUAGCCCUCAUUUUCAGAGUGUCCCUAUCUCAUAUUGCAGUAGUUAUGGCAGCGUGGGAAGCCAUGGUAGCUAUAAUGAUAAUGCUGCUCUUGGAAGCAGCUAUGGAAGCUAUGCUGAUGUGAAUAAUAUGCAUGCAUAUUAUUCACCAGUUGGUCCGUGUGGUGUCAACAUACAUGCACAAAUCGGGGGAUCAUUUCUUGGAGCUAGUCCAGAUGCUAGGCGUAGACCUCAAUUGUCUCAUGGAAAUGGAUUUGGUCUAAGUCCUGUAUGUUUGGAACCAAUGUCUCUGGGAGCCAGUCCCACACAAUUCACUCCUCCAGGCUCCCAAAUGCAGAUUUCAACUGCUUCUCCUGGAAAGUAUGGUCCCACUUCUCCUGCAAGAAGUGUACAUAUUCCUUCACGGGGCAAAGCAGCAGCUGUUGGCCAUUACAACAGAAGAAGAAAUUGGGGAUGUUCAACCAUGUGUGUGCAACCCUAUGAAAGUGCAUCUCAACAUGGACUAGGACAUCAUGGCGAUCGCAUCAGUUGUAGUCACCCUGAUGCCUACUCUCGAGGGCAUGGUGGAUCUUCUCGAAGUGCACUUUCAGCUUCCAAUCAUUCUAAUUGGAGGCAACAGAGGGGUGUUGGGACUGGCCUAGCUUCAGGCUUUUCUUCUACCAAUCACCAGCCUUCUGCAGCAUCCCAUGCACAUAAUUCCAACACAGUCUCCUUACAUUCCUCAGAGGUUUUUUUUGAUAAGCCUGAAUGCAAUUCAUCAGUACCUGAUCCUGCAGAUUGGGACCCCAAUUAUAGUGAUGAAUCUCUUUUGCAAGAGGAUAAUUCAGACUCCCUAGCUUUUGAAUUUAAUGGUAUUCGCCUUGGUAAUACAAUGGACACCAUGAAUGCAACUAGUGGAGUUGGCAGAUUUGAUCACAGCCGAAAGCUGGGUCAUAUGAAUUUUAUAUCAACAAAUUAUAGAACAGAUGGACUGUUUCAGGCAUAUUCAGUUGGUGAAAGUAGUCACAUAUCGACUCGUGAUAUGAAUCUUGGCUAUGGCCGUUUGCCCCAUUUUUCACAAAACAUUCCCAGCCGCUUUGGACAGCAAUCAGCUCAUCAGUUCAGUCAUGUGAACUCUUCUUUUAUGCAUGGUGAAAGAAAUCAUCAAAAUGGUCAGCCAACUCGUUCCAACUACAGUGUGGCAGGUUCUUAUUCUUCUAUGAAUGCUUUGUUCACCAAUGGCAUGCCCUGGGGCUGAAUUUUUGUUGCAGGACGAAGGGCUGGGCAUUCCACUGCAACCACUGUACCAUCGUCCCAUGCAAGAAAGGACUAUGGAAGGAUCUCGUGAUGUGGAAGGCUGACCAAGAGGAUGCCAUUUGUUGUAGGCACUGAAAUUUGCGCUCAAAAAUUCCAGUUGCCUUGCUUGUGCUGUUUCCGACAGUCUUCAUUUGGGUCUUGAUAAAAGUUGUGCUACGCAGAUAUGAUCCUAUAGCUAUGGCAAUUUCCCAUUCUUUAUGUUAUGUGAUCUUUGAUCUUUCAACUCCUAAGCCCAAUAGGGGCUUCUAUGCUUUCAUUACCGAUGGUAUACUUCAGUCCACAAAUAUGUAGCUAGAUAUCUCUAUGGAUGUUUCCAACCUCUUCUCUGAGGUGUAUCUUGCAGUUGGAAAGGAAAAGGAGAGAGAUGGUUUUCACAUGGAUCACAGAGUCUGCUGGAAUUAUUUAAAGGUAAUUACCGGCCUUCUAUUCUUAUAAUAUACUGACAGAUGAUUGAAGAAAACAUGCAUGACUUUAGCAACCAUUCGAUUUUUCAAGAUUCAAACUUCAUCGCUUCAACAGUUUCAAAGUGUUAAUUAUACACGGAAUUCUGAUGUCAUUUUCAGACUGUGGGACAGAACCGAUGCAACUUUGUUAUCCUGAUGGUUUCCUUUCCCCAUGUUUGGCCACAAUCGUGGUCAUGAUAAACUGUGAGGUGCAUCUGAGGAAACAAAUGAGUGCAGGUUGCUUUUUAUUAGAAAUGGAGAAUCUGAACUUUUAAGGUUUACCAGCUGCUUUGAAAGUUAUAUCGGUGUGUAUGCAUGGGUUCGCCGAACUCUGUAUGGACAUUUAAUACUAUAUGGCAGAUACAUGCAAUUUAUUUGCUCCAUUU